AUGUUAGGUGGUCAGCCGAACGGUACGGAUCGUGACCCUCGUGUGCCACCACACCACCGCGGGCUGCGGGAUGAGAAUGAGGUUGAGUUUGAGGACGAGAGCGACGAGUACAGCAACAGCGAGGAGGUGACGCCCAGCAACAGCGGCAGCGGCAGCGAUCUGGACGAGGAGGUGACCUGGAUUGAGUGGUACUGCCGACUCAAAGGCAACGAGUUCUUCGUGGAGGUCGAUGAGGAAUACGUACAGGUGAGUGAGGUCAGCGAGGCAGGAUGGCAGGGAGGGAGGCGUGGCGUGGCGGCCACACCACCGUCAUACAUAUACAGCCACGUUGGUUGGCUGGCUGUAUGGAUGGAUGGUAUGGUGUGGUAUGUGUGGAUGUCUGUCUGUGUGUAUGUGUGUGGAUCAAUAAAUGUCAGGAUGACUUCAACUUGACAGGUUUGAGCAGCCAGGUGCCGUAUUUCGACCAGGCGCUCAACACGAUUCUGGACGCCGAGGACGACACGAGUGCGCAGGAGCAGGACGCCGACAUUAUGGGGCGGGGCGGGGCGGGGGCCAUCGAGGACCGGCAGGCCAUCAUCGAGAACAGCGCACAGGUGCUCUACGGCCUCAUACAUGCCAGGUUCAUCAUCACCAGCAGGGGCAUGCAGCUCAUGCUACACAACUACCAGAAACAGGUCUUCGGCUACUGCCCAAACGUCGCCUGCGAGAACCAGGCCGUCCUCCCCAUCGGCAUGUGCGACACACCAAGGCAUGCCGGCGCUAAAGUCUACUGCCCCAAAUGCCAGGUACGUGGGUCCUGGGAGGGGGACAACACGGCAGAGGGAGGAGGGGAAAGGGCACAGACAGACCUGUGUGUGUGUGUGUGUGUGUGUGUGACAGGAGUUGUACAACCCCCGCGGCAAUCGUCUGGGCAUGCUGGAUGGCGCCUACUUCGGCACGACGUUCCCCCACCUCUUCCUGCUCACCUACGAGAACCUCGUAUGUAACCACUCCACCUGACAGGGCAGUCAAUGUGUCGGGAUGUCAUGUCUGUCUGUCUGUCUGUGUGUCAGGUCCCUCCUCGGCCACAGUGGUACGUGCCUCGCAUCUAUGGGUUCAGAGUGUCCAAGACAGUCAAGGACAGGCUCAGGUGCGGUGGGGCGGGGCCAGGCAAAGGGAGGGAGGGAGGGAGGGAGGGAGGGGCCUGCUGGCUGCGACGACCCACGCCGGCCACGUGUGUGUAUGGGCUGUGUGCAGGCAGCAGCAGCAGCAGCGGUACCCGGCAGGUGAUGGUUCAGCCGCUGCGGGCGGCGGUGCUGCGGGCGGGGGCGGCAAGCAGAUCGCCGGCCGUUUAGAGGAUGAAGAUCCGUCGUCAUCCAGGUAGGUCGUGGAACCAAUGCAUCAAUCCAUUCAUGGUGUGUGGUGUGCUGGGGUAUUUAUUGUCAGCGAGCAAGACGACAAGUGACGACGAUCGAUCGACCGUGCGGUGCGGUGCGAGCAGCGUGGGAGUGAUUGCAGGUUGGCUGAUUGUGUAG